CAUGGCGACCGUCAACAUGAAACCGGAAGAAAGAGUGGACGAGCGGUGCCGAACUCUGCUCAUUUGCACGCUCUCUUUAGCUUCUUUUGACGAUGGAGCCUCCAGGGCGGGUCCCCAUCGGUGUCACGAGGAUCUUGACGGACACAGACUGGUCUGAACCAUGGCUCAUAGGGCUUGUCUGUUUCCAUGCAUCAUGCCUGUGUCUCACUUACCUUUCCUUCCGCCACUACCGCCUGCAAAUAGGGCAUUUUCUCUUCCUCAUGAUCCUGGUGUUCUGUGCAGAAUACAUCAAUGAAGCUGCUGCUGCAAACUGGAGGCUGUUCUCCAAACACCAGUACUUCGAUUCAAGAGGAAUGUUUAUUUCCUUAAUAUUUUCAGUGCCCUUGCUGCUAAAUGCUAUCAUAAUUGUGAUUGCAUGGGUUUACAAAACACUGAACGUGAUGACUGAACUAAAGACCUUGCAGCAGAAAAGGAAAGCGAAAAAAGAAAACAAGAAAAGUAAAUGAAUCGGAUUGUCUUCCGGAAUUUCCUUGGGGACUGCCAUACUGUUGUCCUUCACAGUGUGAUCUUUUUGAAGAUUUGCUUGUCUGUGCUGACCUCUCUUACAAGUAUACUGUCUCCAUUCGUUCACUUUCCGUUUGAAUGCCAGUCAUGUCACAGCUUCUUUUGCGGUCCACUGUGUAAAAUAGCUUAUUCUGAGCAAGUAGUAAAGCAACUUCAAUUAUACACUGGACAUAAAUUCACAUUUAAAAAUUGAGGUACCACUUCUGCAUCCAGGCUAAUGGUGGAUUUUGUGCAGCUGCCAGCAACCAUGUCAAAAUGCUAAUGAGAUGCAAAAAGAUAUCUGUCUUUAAUAUGUUAUUGAUUUAGCUGUUUUGUCUCCUGCGGGUUGGAUGGUCAUUUUAAAGAACAUGGGUACCACUUCAUCGAGCAACUAUCAGCUAUGCUAACUUUCUGUUCUGUGUUAACUGUGACACCAAAAUAAUUUGUGAACUGGGUUCUGUAAAAAAACCCAACAACCUUGGUCCUAUUCUCCGUUUUCAAUUUGCAGAACGGGGCAAUUCCCUCCUCCAACUGCUGACCCCCUGUUCUUGGGGAUCACUACCCC